CCGAAUAAGACUGGAGUAAAGAACAGCAGCCGGCCGAGUCCAACAAAUACUCUCGCCGCUUCUACGAAGCAAACGCAAUUCUUCGAUUUCGAUUCUGGGCCUCCGCCUCCCGCGGCGAUUUCUCAUCUCCCUCUCUUCCGGCUUCUCGUGCUCGAAGCUGUACGUAGAUUGCAGAAAAAUUUCCUGUUCUCAAUCAGUUGGCGAAUUGCUGGGACUGCAUUUUCUUUCUCUUCUUCGGUAUUGCGUUGAGGCAAUGAACGAGAUUGAUGAAGAAGGAGUGAAGGAUGAUCACCACAUUACGUCCAUCAUAGAAGACCAUGAGAGAAUAUGCUGGGGAUGCGGAUUGCGCCUCCUCCUUGCAACUGAUUCACCUGUUUUCAAAUGUGGAUGGUGUGGAGCCAUAUCUACCCAAAUCAGAAUAAGGAAACCCGACAGCGCAUGCUUUUCCCGAUGGAGACGUACUCGAGACCGCUUUUUUGUCGCCAUUCUUCUUCUCUUCAUGUCCUUUGUCAUAUGUGCAGGUGUUUGGGCUGUAUACCCAACUGUCUUCUCUAUCAGCUAUUUCUGUGGAAUUUUCCAUUCUUCUAUAACAGCUAUUUUAUCUUUGAUUACUAUCUCUAGCUUCUGUUUGGCUGCAUUCAAGUCUGCCGGUGCACCAGUAUCUGUAACAUGGGGUAGUUAUCCAGUAGUGGGAAAGAAUGGCCUUGAAAACUUCACAUUCUGCACAUAUUGCGAGAAACCCAAGCCUCCGAGAGCACAUCAUUGUAGAUCUUGUCGAAUGUGUAUAUUGGACAUGGAUCAUCAUUGCCCCUUCAUAGGCAAUUGUGUCGGCGCCGCAAAUCAUCGGCAUUUCAUCAUCUUCCUCAUAUCCAUAGUUAUCGGCUGCUUUUAUGCUGUUAUGAUGUGUUCCUAUACUGUAUUUCAUGUUUGGCCUCCUCAACUUGAAAGCUCAGCAUCAACUGAUACUUCAGCUGUUUCAAGAAUGCUAAAGGAGGUCCUCACCGGCAUUGCUAGCUCAGUUCUAUUAUUAUCAGUGAGAGGCCUAGUGUUACUGUACCUGUCCUUUGCUUGUCUUUCUGUAGACAUUGGUAUAACCGUAUUGUUAUGGCAGCAACUAUAUUAUAUUUAUGAAGGAAAAACUUAUAUUGCCCACAUAAGUUCACAGAACAGUGGCAAUGGAGGUUGCCAGAAUAUUCUGCGGUUCUUCAACUGCCCAUAUUGGGCAUUCAGAUUUUUUCUGAUUCCAACAAAUACUGCAAAGUUCCAGGAAUCCAGCUCCAAGUUCUUGUAAAAUAAUUGACGUUUUACAAAUUGUAUUACUCAAAUUAAUGUAUGUUGGCUUCUUAAAUAUGACAUUUUUGACAUAGUUAUAUCUUCAGUUCAUAUAAUGCUCAAAUUAGAUGAGAUUGAAGGAAGAAAAGUUGUCAUUCCAGGGAGAAGAUUGUCACUUUGCAUUGUCAGAAUGUAAUUAUUUACAGAAGUUUAAUGAAGAUAGAAUGGGCUUCCAUCUAUUAUGCAGGUCUCUUAUACUAAUGUU